AAAUAGCACACGGUACCAGCAGCUGACGAGGCAGACGUCAAAAUCAGAACGCGGUCAAUAACUCUAGCAUUCAGGAGUUAUUUUGAACGAAAAUUCAAAAAAUAUUGGUAGCGUCAACAUGGAAACUAAAAAGUUAAUUGAAUUAGUUAGAGAAAGACGUUUAAUAUAUGAUGUACAUGAUACUGAUUAUAGAAAUCGUGAUAAGAAAACAGAAGCUUGGAUGGAAAUCGCAAAUCAGAUGGGAAGAGGAAAUGGAAAACAAUGGUGUAUAAAAUGGAAAAACCUCAAGGACAACUAUAAUAGAUUUCUGAAAUCAAAUCAAUGCCAAACUGGACAGGAGUACAAGAAAUACCGAAACUGGCCGUGGGCAGAACUGCUCAGGUUUCUGGACGAUUUCAAGUUUGAAAGAACUGGUGAAAUCCAUAUCCCAGAAGUGCAAGUAAUCAUCAAAGAAGACGAUCAUCACAAAAAUCGCGAAUUGAACAUUGAAGAGGUGCCAGUGGUAAUUAAUACUUCUUUGAAUAGAACCCGAGAAGUGCAACAAGUUGAACAACCUGAAGACAUUAUAGUGAAAUACAUAGAGGAGAAAAUCAAACAAAAUACUAAUACAACUAUGGAUGAGGUUGAUCUUUUCUUUCUAAGCUAUGCUCGAAGUUUUAAGAAGUUGUCACCACGAAUGCAAGCUAAGCUCAAACUAGAUAUAGCAACUCUAUUUGCUCGGUAUGAAUUGCAAGCAGCAGGAGAAACUAGCAGCAGGUAAUACUCAAACUAUAUAUAGCAACUCUAUUUGCUCGGUAUGAAUUGCAAGCAGCAGGAGAAACUAGCAGCAGAUAAUAAUAAUCUUUUGAACAGGAAAAGGUUGGUCAUUCACAAUUUUGUGAUGCAGGAGUCAUACCUGCAGUGUAUGUAAUAUUUUGAGUAUCAUAAUAAUAUACCUUAUGAUAAUGACUGAUGAUUUUUGUUGUUGUCAAUACUAGAGUUUCUCGGUUCAAAUUCAAAUAAUUUUAAUUCUCUUAUUUGUUACAGUUUAUAGUAAUUUAUAUUCUUUGUUACCGGUAUGUCAAUUCCAUUGAAAGAUUUAUACUAGUUCAAAAUUACAUAAAUUUCCUUAUUUAUUUAAUUAUUUUAUAUUUAUAUAACAUUUAUUCAUGCUUUAUGUUAUAGUCAAAAGAGUUUUUUAUUUCGAAAUGAAUUAAUUCAAUCAUCUCAUCCAUUCCAAGUUCUACUAUUAUUAUGAUCAAUGAGUUCACUUCAAAAAUGUGUUCAUAAUGGUCUUUUUCGCAGAGCUCUUGGCGAAAUAACUUUUAGUAUUAUUCGAUAAUAAUAAGACAUUCAAAUAUAAAAAGUGAAGCAAUGGUUUAUUUUUCCAUUGUUACAAAAAGUUUGAUAAGUGUAGAUUAUUUGACUAUCGACAUUUUUCAUCUAAUAAAAACGUCUAGUCUAUAUUUUGCUUGGAUUUUCUUCCUCCAGUUUGCAUGUAGUUUAUAAAUAUAAUUUUCUUUCAAACUGUACAACUCAUUGAAUCAAUUUAUUCACAUGCAAAAAUAAGUAGAAAAACGAUCGUCAUUUUCAAGUAGUUCAGAGUAUAUUUACUCUAAAUUUGGUUUAUAAUGUUAAUUUUCAUUGAUUGUAAUUAAUAGGCUUAUACAAUAUAACAGUCAAUCACAAAAUGAUGUUUAAGAUUAUAAUUGUGUAUAACUAUCUAUUUUAAUUAUUUUAGAUGAAAUGUUUUUUCAAAUUGGUGAAUUAAAUAGUGUAUUAAACUUUUCUUCACAUCCUUGUUUGCUGUUAAUUGGAUACAUUGUUUCCUCUUCUUUCGACUCUUUGACCCCAGCAGACUCUACAAAAGCAAAGCUUCUUCUUCGACUAAAAAUUAACUUCAUACUAAUUGAGCAAUGCUUCUCAUCGACUGAAAAUUAACUUCACGAAGAAAUUCAGAAAUGUAAUUGGAACACUCUUGAAUUUGACUAAAAAUUAACUUCAUACUACAUGAGCAAUGCUUCUCAUCGACUGAAAAUUAACUUCACGAAAAAAUUCAGAAAUGUAAUUGGAACGCUUGAAUUUGACAGCCGCAAGUUUGCUCUUGGAGCCUCAUGAGUCAUGACUGGAAUACGUAAAGCCUGACCGCUUUUUGUCUUUGCGUACCUCAAAUUCAAAUAUAAUCGAAUUGCACAUAGAACAAUAAUACUAUUCUGGCACUGAACUGGAGAAAAACAAAUAGCCUAAUUUAGAUACCCAGAAGACUUCGACAACAGAGAAUCUAGCUAGAAGGGAAACCAAUGAAUGCUACUAUAGAAAAUACUUGUACCCUACGGUUGUAAUAUCCACCGGUAAUAAUUUGAUUAUUUGAAUUUUCAAUGAUUGUAAUGUUAUUUCAACUUAUACUCCUCAAUUCCAAUAAAUUUUUUAUAAUUUUUCAGAUAAUCUAUGCCAUAUUUCAUCUUAUAAAUAUGUAUCACACUACUCUUCAUACUGAUUCAGGGAGCGUUCAGGUUCAGGCGCUCCGAGAUUCAGCUGUCUUAGAAGGAUGGAUUAUGGAUAAAUACCACAUCCAUAUGGAUAUAAUAUCUGUAUCCUCUUAGGACCGUUGACCGCUCUCUGUGUACACACACCCUCAAUGAUAUUAUAAUCUUUGAAUUCCAAUGCAGAAUUAUUCUUAGCAAAUAAGUUUAUAACUUUUCCUACAGUUAUCUUGAAAAGUGACCAUUCCUGCACUACUGACUGAACGCAAAGAAUCACUUUUCCGCACUAGUGCGCAAAGUAAUACUUUGCGUACCGGU